UCGUAUGGACAAUUGUACACAACUUUGUACGUCAUUAAUGAUUUAUUGAAUUGAGAAAGAAAAAGAAAAAGAAAAUUCAAGAAUCGUAAAAUAUUGCACAUAAGUUUCAUUGUAUUGUUCAAAUCCGGUUCGCGGCAAAAACGGCGGACACGUAAUAUAUUAAUCGCUGUAGUAUACUUAUCCAUUAUUUUUUUCGUUUUGAUAUUCUAUUCCUCCUUUUUUUCUCUUCUUUGAGAUCGAAAUUGACACGCUUCAAUAUUUCUACGAAUCUUUCCUUUCUGCCUGAUUCAUGGUUAUGGACUCGAGUUUGCUUGACCAUCAGUUUAGUCUUGAACUGCACGCCACGCGCAUUAACAACGUUUAUCAAUAACGUUUUAUCAACAACGUUUUAUUUCUAUUCGCGUUAUUUUUCAUUAUCAAGGAAAUGUGCAACCACAUUCUAUCGAGCGUAAUUUUCGUUUCACUUCUUGUCAUUCUAUCGUACGCGAUCGACGACGAACUUUACGAAGGGAGUCAAUGUACGUUGGAAGAUGGUAAGACAGGCAUCUGCAAGAAAUUAACGGAUUGUCCAAUGAGAAUACGAGAAGUGCAACGAGGCAUAAGGGAUUCAACUUCAACAGGAAGAUGCGGAUUCUCUGAUUUUACCGAGAUCGUUUGUUGUCCUACAGUGAAUUUCGAAAGAAUGGUGUUGCCUCGUCCGGCUGAUAUUGCUUGUCAAGAAUACGGCAAUAAUGUAACAACAAAAGAGGAACAAAAUUUGUCUUUUCACAUAUUUAAUGGAAAAUUGGCUAUGUCCAGUGAAUUUCCAUACGUAGUGGCUUUGGGAUAUCAAAACGACAACAUUUCCGAACCUAUCAAAUAUAAUUGUGGAGGUAGUUUGAUAUCUUCUCAGUAUGUAUUGACCGCGGCGCACUGUGUCAGUAAUAUAAAUGAGAAAGUACCGAUCGAAGUACGAUUAGGAAACGAAGAUAUACGAAGUAUCGAAUCGAACGUGCAACGAAUUCCGAUAAGCGAUAUAAUAUGUCAUCCGAAGUAUAAACGCAGUACGCAAUACAACGACGUCGCUAUUUUGAGGCUGAAAACGAAGAUACAGGUUUCGAAAACGACUAAGCCUAUUUGUCUUCAAACCAAGUCCUUAAGAUCGUUGAAGAUAACACCGAGGACAUCUUUAAUAGUGAUUGGAUGGGGCGCUACGAGUUUCGAUGCCGAGAAUUCUGUCAAAUUGAGAAAGACGCCUAGUCUCAGCAUUGUGAGUAGAGAAGAAUGCGAAAAACACUACAUGGGGCAUCCGAGAUUACCCAAUGGCAUCGACGACAAUUUCAUUUGUGCUAUAGACAAUAAUUCCAGUCGAAGGGCGGACGCUUGUCAAGGAGACAGUGGGGGCCCAUUGUUAAUGAUGAGCGAAAGAGGUGAUAGCGUAAUUGGAAUCACAGCUUUCGGCAAUACUUGCGGUUCACCCGCCCCGGGUGUUUACACCGCGAUUUAUUCGUAUUUAGAUUGGAUCGAGGAACACGUUUGGACGAAUAAAAAUGUGGAGAAAAAAAAUAUCGUGAAGACAGGAUUUUUCAACAUUACGAUCACGUUCUAGUGAAACACACUUUACACAUGUGUUUGCCAAUACGUAUCUCAGGUAAUGAUCUCCAGGUAAUGGAAUUCGAUUAUAUCAUGGAGAUUAUUUUGUAUUGCGGGUUUUGAUCAUACACGACGUCGCAGAUGAUUAAUGAACUGUCAUCGAUAAAAGGAAAAGAAAAAAAGACGAGAAAAGGGGAUAAACAUUAACAAAACCCUCUUUUAUUUAUUCACAUUCUGUACAAAUAUUUUACAUAAUGUCUGAUAAUAUCUAUUUUGUCAACUCGAGUUAUAUCGACCGGUAAUGUGUGAUAAGCAUCGAUUUGAAUACUCAUUAAAAACAUUAAGUACAAUUAAAAAAAAUAAUAGAUCUUGAAACAAAGACAUAGACAUCGUUGUUCAAUGUUAUUAUCGAAUCGAUCAUGUUAUUUUAUUUUAGAAAACGGAUAAAACGGAAGAAAAACUGAAAUAAAAAAAAAGAAAAAAGAUUUUACAAAUUUAUUUAAAUUUAUUUACGUUUAACAAGGGCCUCGUAUCUUCGAACUUGUUACUUUUUAAGAUAAGAUGCAAAAAAAAACAUACCAGCACCAAGAUUUAAAGCGAUUCCAAGUAAUCUACGAUAUAAGGUUCCACGUUUUCCUCAUAACGAUUAAAAUUUUGUAAACCGCAAAAACCACAACAUCAACGCAUAUAAAUAUAAGAUAUGGAUAAAGUCUCGCGUGGAGGGUAAGUUGUCGGAUUUAUCAUAGAACAUCGAAAUCCUUAUUUAUUCAACAAAGGGUGUACAACGAUUAUGAUACAAGUGUACGCGAUAUGCGAUGUAAUACUGUUAACGAUCAGGUGCAAUUACUAGAUAUAUAAUUAAUUUACAAUCUAACGAACGAGUUCCAAAGAAUUUCAUUAUUCCCACGUCCGUGACGCACGAUUCAAGCGAAAUUAAUCGGGAGUCGUUUCGUCGUUCAUCAACUAACUUCUUAUCUUUUUAUUAUUUGAAAAGAUUCCGUGCGUAUAUAAAAUUUAAAGAAGAGAUAUUUCCAUCGUAUAAUAAUUAAACACGUAUUGUAUUCCCAUCACCCGUAAAAAUCUUCCAAUUUCGUAUCGUAAUUGAAAUUUAACUUUCUCUCAUCGAGCCGGAAAAAAUUGAUGGAUCUAAGAUGAUCCAAGAUUAAGAAGAGAGAGAGAGAAGAUCAAUUCGGAUUAUCUAAUGCGUCUAUAGUCCGUUCAAAAUCGAUCAACCGUUCAAAAUUAUCAUCGGGACAAAUAUAUUUUUGAACGAUCGAUCGAUUCCAAACAAACCGAUACGAUGUGGAACAACGAGAAUAAUUUAAAAAAAAAAA